CCUAAACUUUGCAUAAUAACGCAUGCGCAGAUAACUGUAGCAACCUGUUAGCGUUUAUUAGGAAGGUAGAAGUUGUGAAGGAAAGACGAAGAGGAAACAUAAAAAUAGCAAAAUGACAGCAUACAGGGCAGCUGAUUCUAAACGAGAAGAAUAUAGAAAAUAUUUAGAAAAGGCUGGAGUUUUGGAUGUUUUAACCAAAGUUUUAGUGGGACUAUAUGAAGAACCAGAAAAACCAAACAAUGCUCUAGAUUUUCUGCGCCAACAUUUAGGAGCCACAAGUCCAGAAACGGCAGAUGUUGAAGCACUGAAACUAGAAGUUACAGAAUUACGACAAAAAAAUGAACAGUUACAAGAAGAAGUAAAUGAUUUAAAAGCCAAAGUACAGCAGUAUGAACCAGAUCAGGAGACCCCUGAGUGAUACAACACUCAUUGUCAUAAUAUUUCAUAAUAUGUACAUUCAUAUACAUACUUAAAAAACUAAUUUAUAUGUUAUUGUGUAAAGUAAAAUUUAUGUCAUAAAACUAG